CAGCGAAUGGAGUGACAUCUGAAGCAGCGACCAAAUCACAAUAGCGUACAGUCACGAUUGUGAAUAGAAACAAUCUGUUUGUACACAAUUUAUAUCCUUAUUCCUUACAUGCAGACACUUUAUCAGACUUGGUUGCAUUGGUUUGCAUUUCCGUUGCUCUUUUGCAUUACUUUUGAACGGAACCUCUGAUUCGUUUGUGUGGGGUAGCUAGAAAGAAAGCUAGGUAGAGUAGGCUGCAGUCGAGCCAUGGCAGCCGCCGAAGCGCACAGAGUCAUAGUUUACGGAGGAAAAGGAGCGCUGGGUUCCAAAUGCGUGGAAUAUUUCAGGUCCAAAAACUGGUGGGUGGCGUGUGUUGACAUGGCUGCCAAUGACCAAGCUGACGCCAAUGUGCUGGUAAACAUGACCGAAUCCUUCACGGAACAAGCUACUCAGGUGACCAGUGAUGUAUCUGAGCUGCUGGGGGAACAGAAGGUGGACGCAAUCCUGUGUGUGGCGGGAGGCUGGGCUGGUGGAAGCGCUAAGGCCAAAGUAUUAUACAAGAAUGCUGAUCUGAUGUGGAAGCAGAGUGUCUGGACAACCACCAUCUCCAGUCACCUGGCAACCAAGCACCUGAAAGAGGGGGGGCUGCUCACGCUCGCAGGGGCAAAGGCUGCCCUGUCUGGAACCCCAGGUAUGCUUGGCUACGGUAUGGCAAAGGCUGCGGUGCACCAGGUGUGCCAGAGUCUGGCGGCGUCAAACAGCGGUCUCCCUUCUGGCGCGGCCGCCGUCGCUAUCCUGCCAGUUACCUUGGAUACCCCAAUGAACAGGAAGUUCAUGCCUGAUGCAGAUGUCAGCGCCUGGACACCAUUGGAAUACAUAGCAGAGUUAUUCUAUAAGUGGACCACUGGACAAGACAGACCAGCCUCGGGCAGCCUGGUGGAACUCAUCACAGAGGCUGGCAAGACAGAGGCCAAACCCCUGUGAUUGUGUGUGUGUGUGUGUGUCUGUGUCUGUCUGUGAACAUGUGUCUGUGUUUGUCUAUGGACUAUGGAGGGGCAUACUACCAAACGAGGUUACUGGAGGUACCCAUGCAACUUCUAAUAAAGUCACUUCAGAAGCAACACAUGCAAGUGUUCUUUUGAAGAUCAAUGGUUUCUCCUGAUGGUACCGGGGUAAGCCCGUAACCUUGCUUCAUAGUGUCCUCCUCAGUACCUCUGUCCAGUAGCCUUGCUUCAUAAGGCUCUUCUCAGCGUCUGUCCUCUGUCCUCGACCCUCGGUCCUCCGGCUCGUUCCCACUGAUCUAGAUAAAGAAUGAUGGGGCGGCAACAAUGGGAUAGUCUAUCCACUGUUCUUUAUAGAUGAGGAGAGACGUUGAGAAGAGCCUAUAGUAUCCCCCUCUUCACCUAUGUCCAGAAACCUGGCUCUAUACUUUACCUCUCUAUACCUCUGUCCAGUAACCUGGCUCUGUAGUAUUCGUCACUGUGCCUCUGCUUGUAUUGCGCAGUCUCCUCCACCUCUGCUUGGAAAGAUCUGAUGUCACCAAUUGAACUGUAGUCUUAAAUACUGCACACUGUGGUGUACCUCAGGUUCUGACUUCCCCUGUGUAAGACUCAAUCAUAUUUUAGAUUAAACGCCAAACGUUUACAUACAUGUCAUACACCAUACAUUACCAUACCUUAACAUAAGCACAUAAGCCAGGGACAUGAUUUUGCUGUAGGAUAAGGUUGUGUAACAUUAAUGAUGGAAUCUACAGUCAGAUUAACAUGACCUUUCUACAAAUAGUACUUGGAACACCAGGCGUAUUACUUUGUGUAUAAUUCCUCUUUUCACGUUUCUCUGAUUAUUUGUUUUAUGUACUGUUGGUAAACAAGAUUUGCCUUCUUACAGAUAGCACUGGUUGACUGUUUUGGUCUGUUUGGUCAGAAUAAAAUGCCCAUCACUCAGCAA